CGGACCGAGAAAGUGAUCCAGCUGUCGAUCAUCGAGGAGGAUUCUUACGAGAAGGACGCGUUGUUUUACGUCGAGCUUGGUGAACCGCAGCUACAAGGAGCCGAGGCAGGGGUGGCAGUUGCAGCGGAAAUGAAGCAGCCGGAGGAACGCACCGCCGAGGAAAAAAUGGCGCUGCUCGGGAAGCCGAAACUCGGCGAGGUAUUCAGAGCGCAGAUACGGAUCAAAGAGUCGAAGGAGUUCAAGAACACCGUGGACAAACUGGUGCAGAGAGCGAACGCUUCCAUCCUGCUCGGGACGAGCUCGUGGAGGGAACAGUUCACGGAGGCGUUGACGGUGAGCGGCGGCGACGACGACGAUGGCGAAGGCACCGGCGAGGCAGCUGCACCGUCUACCCUCGACUAUCUGAUGCACGGCUUGACGAUACUCUGGAAAGUGUUGUUCGCGUUCGUUCCGCCAACCGAUAUCGCCGGCGGUUACCUGUGCUUUGUCGUCAGCAUAUUCGGAAUCGGUGUGGUGACGGCGGUAAUCGGAGACGUGGCAUCCUACUUCGGCUGCACCCUGGGAAUCAAGGACUCGGUUACCGCGGUGGCUUUCGUCGCUCUUGGUACCAGCAUUCCCGACACGUUCGCGAGCAAGGUGGCCGCCUGCCAGGACAAGUACGCCGACGCUAGUGUUGGGAACGUGACCGGAAGUAACGCGGUGAACGUUUUCCUGGGGAUCGGCAUUGCAUGGAGCAUCGCAGCCAUUUACCACGCCUUGCACGGCGAGAAGUUUGAAGUGGAACCGGGCAACCUAGCCUUCUGCGUGACGCUAUUCUGCACGGAAGCCUGCCUGGUGAUCCUGGUUUUACUACUGAGGCGGACGAAGAGCAUCGGCGGCGAACUCGGCGGCCCUUUCCUGCCAAAGGUCGUCACGUCGCUGGUCCUUUUUUUCCUCUGGGUGUUCUACCUCAUUAUGUCGAUCCUCGAGGCCUACGGCUAUAUCGAGGGCUUCUAAAAAGGAGCCCUUUCAACGCCCGCAAACGUCGGCCUACAACCGCUCCGCAUGUAUAUUCCUCGCGUCCGAAUUCAAGGCGUGUGCUCAACGAAACGUUCUCUCGGACGAGAAGGAAGCGGAAACUCCGAAACGGGCGGAACCGAGACUCCCUGAACCGUGUGCCGGGAAAUCGCUGGUAGCUUUUCACCCUCCCGCCUCCGGGACGAUUAACAACGAACGUGUGCGAUCGCGCGGCGUUAAAACGAGUGCGUGAGUGUGCGUGGACAGAGUCCGAGAGCGAGAGUGAGAGCGCGUGCGUGUCGUCCGAGGACCGUGCGGUGAAAUUUUAAGCUUGAUGAGAAAGAUAUUUGGGGGUGGGGAGGGGUUAAGUCAGCGGGAGGAAAGGAGAAGAAAGGAGAAAGGAGAAGCUCACGUGCGCGAUAAGGAUAAGUAAAACGUGUGAGUUUUGCCUUAUAACGUAAUUUAAAAACGAAAAGACGGUGGGGAUGGGGACGUAGAUAAGAGGACACUUUCUAGUCUCGUACCGUACGGCUUCACGGCUGUUAUCAGAUAGAGUGCAACAAAAAUCAGAAGGAUAUAUAUAUAUAUACAUACAUACAUACAUACAUACAGACACGCGUACGUAUAAAUAGCGUAUGUAUUUAUUUAGCCCUUCAAGAAGAACACUAAGGUUUCUAUGGUAUUUUACUAGUAGCGGACUGUAUCCAAGCCAUUCCUCUUUCCGCCAGAGAACGAGACGUCGCUAAUUUUAUAUAAACGUACACGUUAUCGAUACGUACGGGAAAUGCUCACCGAUUCUCUCGCGAGAUGCGCCCCUGAGCGUUCGU